GCGGCGGCGGGGAAGGCUUCCAGGGUGGGACCCCAAAAUGGCGGAUGCCCUCCAACCCGGAAGUGAAACCCAUCCUUGGCCACAGAGAGGCGUCUGUCUCCAGAAAUGGCGGCUUGGCGUUGAAGUAUCUGUCUUUCCCUCUUCUCCGCCUGACAGAACGAGGAAGAAGCCGCCAUGCCGACUGUGGUGGUGAUGGACGUCUCCCUCUCCAUGACGCGGCCAGUCUCCGUUGAGGGCUCCGAGGAGUAUCAGCGGAAACACCUCGCGGCCCACGGCCUGACCAUGCUCUUUGAACACAUGGCUACCAACUACAAACUAGAAUUUACCGCUUUGAUCGUGUUUUCCUCACUCUGGGAACUGAUGGUUCCCUUCACAAGAGACUACAACACUCUCCAGGAAGCCUUGAGUAAUAUGGACGACUAUGACAAAACAUGCCUGGAGUCAGCUCUGCUUGGGGUGUGCAACACUGUGCAACAGGAAUGGGGAGCUGCCAUUCCUUGCCAGGUUGUCCUAGUCACUGAUGGGAGCUUAGGCAUUGGCAGGGGCUCCCUCCGCCACUCUUUGGCUACUCUCAGCCAGCGAAAUGAAAGCAACCGUUUCCCAUUGCCUUUUCCAUUCCCAUCAAAGCUGUAUGUCAUGUGCAUGGCCAAUCUAGAGGAGCUCCAGAGCACAGAUUCCUUAGACUGUCUUGAACGUCUUAUAGACUUAAACAAUGGGGAAGGACAGAUUUUUACUAUCGAUGGACCUCUUUGCUUGAAGAAUGUACAGUCCAUGUUUGGGAAGCUAAUAGAUGUAGCCUAUACACCCUUCCAUGCUGUUCUGAAAUGUGGCCGCUUGUCUUCAGAUGUGCAAGCCUUUCCAAGGCCAGAGCCCUUUGUGGUAGAUGAGGAAAUUGAUCCAAUUCCUAAAACAAUUAAUACAGAUCUGGAAAUAGUUGGCUUCAUUGACAUAGCUGAUAUCUCCAGCCCCCCGGUCCUGUCUCGGCAUUUGGUAUUACCCAUUGCUCUCAACAAAGAAGGUGAUGAAGUGGGCCCAGGGAUUGCAGAUGAUGUCGAAGAUGAGAAUUCGGCUAACCAGAUAGCGGGCAAGAUCCCCAACUUCUGUGUGUUGCUGCAUGGGAGUCUGAAAGUGGAAGGCAUGGUGGCCAUUGUUCAGUUAGGGCCUGAAUGGUAUGGGAUGCUUUAUUCUCAAGCAGACAGCAAGAAGAAGUCAAAUCUGAUGAUGUCUCUCUUUGAGCCAGGACCAGAGCCUCUCCCGUGGCUGGGGAAGAUGGCCCAACUUGGCCCCAUCUCAGAUGCUAAGGAGAACCCAUAUGGUGACGAUGACAACAAGAGUCCCUUUCCCUUGCAACCCAAGAAUAAACGCAGCUACGCACAGAAUGUAACUGUGUGGAUUAAACCAAAUGGCCUCCAGACAGAUGUACAGAAGAUACUUAGAAAUGCAAGAAAGCUUCCUGAAAAGACACAGACCUUUUACAAGGAACUGAAUCGCUUACGAAAGGCGGCCUUAGCCUUUGGAUUUUUGGAUCUCCUGAAAGGUGUGGCAGACAUCCUCGAGAGGGAAUGCACUCUUCUUCCCGACACCGCACACCCCGAUGCCGCCUUCCAGCUGACGCAUGCAGCUCAGCAGCUCAAAAUGGCAAGCACUGGCAACUCAGAAUAUGCGACGUAUGACCACAACAUCACACCGCUGCAGACUGACUUCUCUGGCAGUGGGACCGAGCGGAUGUGAGGCCCUUCAGUUGCCAAGCCCUCCCUCUAAAGACUUGACUUGUCCAUCCCCAUCCCCAUGCUUGCUCAAUGAGAUUGGACUGGACUUUCUCAUUAAAUUUUACUACAGUUUGUA